AUGGCCUCUUUGGAUCUGCCCUAUCGGUGUCCAAGGUGCGGCGAGCACAAACGUUUCAGGAGCCUGUCCUCCCUGAGGGCCCACCUGGAAUACAACCACACCUACGAGACCCUCUAUGUCUUAUCCAAGACCAACAGCAUCUGCGACGCCGCCAUAUUCCCCCUGACCAGCGAGGCAGCCUUGUUGACCCCUGCCCACCGCAGGGAGGUCUUUGAGAGCACAUCUUUCCAGGGCAAGGAGAAGAGGUUCCCCGGGGACUUAGUCCAAGCAGAAGACUUCAGCCAAGCGUCUACCCGCUUCACCCAAGAGGUGGAGAUCCCACUGGGCGAGAUUUUCACCAAGACGACCAUGGCGUCUCGCUCCCCUCCUCCGGCCGCCGUGGCGGCUGCAGCUGCGGCCUCUGCGGCUGUGGAUGCCGCCUAUGAAGAAGGCCUGGCCAGAUUGAAAGUAAGGGCGUUUGAGAAACUGGAAGUGGACAAGCGCCUGGAGAAGCUGACCGAGGAAGUGGAGCAAAAAAUUGCCACCCAGGUUGGAAGGCUGCAGGUGGAGUUGGAAAGGAAGAGUUCGGAGCUGGAGAAGGCCAAGCAGGAGAGCGUACGGUUGGGUCGGGAGAAGCAGGAGCUGGAGGACAGGGCUUCAGAGCUGACCAGGCAGGUGGACGUCAGUGUGGAGAUGUUGGCCUCCCUGAAGCAGGACCUGGUGCAGAAAGAGCAGGAGCUGACCAAGAAACAACAGGAGGUGGUAGAGAUCGACCUGUUCCUGAAGGAGACGGCCAGCCGAGAAGCCAACGCCAAGGUGCGCCUUCAGCAGUUCAUAGAGGAGCUUCUGGACCGCGCCGACCGGGCCGAGAAGCAGCUGCAGAUCAUCAGCAGCUGCGGCAGUACCCCCAACGGCAGCCUGAGCCGGUGCAGCAUUCCCGGGUACAAGGUGACAGAAGCUCGGGGGCAGGGCUCCAGACAGAGGGCGGACAGGCACCAGGGGCCCGGCUCCUCCACCCACGGAUCCUACCCAGUGAACCAGCGAUCCUCCUCCUGCAUUGGGGUCCCGGGCAGGGUGAAGACCGUAUCUCAGAGCUCGGGCUGUUACGACAGCGAUGGGCCUGAGCAGAUCCAGGUGGACGACGGUUUGGAGUCUCACCCCUACUCCGGGAACAGUCAUGAGGCUGACAGCAGCUUUGAGAGGAACAACCAGCGCAGUUCUGGUCUCCGCAGGCAGGCCAUCCAGAACUGGCACCGCCGGCCGUACAGGAACAGCACCGAGGGCGAGGAGGGAGACAUUUCAGACGUAGGAUCCAGGACCACGGAGUCCGAGGCUGAAGUCUGGGAGCAGGAGAGCGUCAGCUCCUCGGGGGCCUGCCAGCCAAAGGGCCGCUGUGAUGGAAGGCUGCUGAGGCCAGAGAAAGGCAGCCCGUCCCGAGCCAACGAAGUCAUCAGCCCCGAGAUCCUGAAGAUGCGGGCCGCGUUAUUUUGUAUAUUCACCUACCUCGAUACCAAGACUCUGCUGCGGGUGGCUGAGGUCAGCAGGGACUGGAAGUUUGUGGCUCGGCAUCCGGCUGUGUGGACUCGCGUUUUCCUUGAGAAUGCCAGGGUGUCCCCUAAGUUUCUGGUCACCCUCUCACAGUGGUGCACACAGACCCACUCCCUGACCCUACAGAACCUCAAACCUCGGCAGAGGGGGAAGAAGGAAACCAAGGAAGACUACAUGAAAAGCACAAGGGGCAAUCUAGAAUCUGGUCUGGAAUCUCUACUGAAAGCAACAGGGGGGAACUUGUUAAUCCUGCGAAUAUCCCAGUGUCCGAACAUCCUGACGGACCGCUCCCUGUGGUUGGCGAGCUGCUACUGUCGGGCACUUCAGGCAGUCACAUACAGAAGUGGGACCGAUCCUGUGGGACAUGAAGUCAUUUGGGCCUUAGGUGCUGGGUGCAGAGACAUCAUCUCCCUCCAGGUGGCGCCGUUGCAUCCAUGUCAGCAGCCCACGCGCUUCAGUAACCGCUGCCUGCAGAUGAUUGGACGAUGCUGGCCUCACCUGAGGGCGCUGGGCGUCGGGGGAGCGGGCUGUGGGGUGCAGGGGCUCUCCUCGUUAGCACGGAACUGUAUGCGUCUACAGGUGUUGGAGUUGGAUCAUGUGACUGAGAUCAACCAGGAGGUGGCGGCAGAGGUCUGCAGGGAGGGUCUGAAGGGCCUGGAGAUGCUGGUCCUAACCUCCACCCCGGUCACUCCCAAAGCCCUCCUGCACUUCAAUAGUGUAUGUCGCAAUCUCAAGUCCAUUGUGGUGCAGGUUGGAAUUGCAGAUUACUUUAAGGACCCAAGUAGCCCAGAAGCCCAGAAACUGUUUGAGGAGAUGGUCAGCAAGCUGCAGGCUCUUAAGAAGAGGCCGGGAUUCUCCAAGAUCUUACACAUUAAGGUGGAGGAAGGCUGCUAA